GAAAGCUCUGAAACGCACAGUCAAACUCUUUGAUUUCGAAGAAGCAAAGUGAAAAUGAGAUUUCUAUGCCUUCAUGGAAUGGGAACCAACAGUGAUAUUUUCGAACUUCAGACUGGUACUACUUUCUCCGCUCUCCUCUCUUCUUAGCGCAUCAGCAUAGUCUCUUCUCUCGGCUCACUCUUACACUCAUACAGUAGCAAUUCGGUACGCUCUUUCUCCCGAUCACACAUAUGACUUCAUCGAAGGCUCCGUUCCCUGUACCAUUGCUCCAGGUCAGUUUAUCCGUACUCGUUGCACCCGGCACGCAAACGUUCCAAUACGCAGACGAAUCUUCCAUUGCAAGCUGUUCUAAAGCGCUCCUUGAUCUGCAAGACUACAUUUCCGAAUUCGGUCCAUAUGAUGGCAUUAUUGCUUUUUCGAGUGGUGCCUCCGUAGCUGCCACAUUCAUUAUUCGCCAACAAAUCCUACUUAAGCGUCAAGAUUGCAUGAAACUCAAUUUUAAAUGUGCGAUUUUCUUUUCUGGUGGUAUACCAGUGGACCCCACUGCAUUAUUAGAGCGAGAGGAGUUUGUCAUUUUACAGCCUGAUAUACAUGGAGAGAUUAUAGAUCUACCUACAGCACAUAUUUGGGGCUGUAAUGAUCAAUUAUAUCCUACGUUUGGGCCCGUUUUGACAAACUUGUGUAGAAGAGAUCUUAGAGAGAUAUUCAUACACCAAGGAGGACAUGAAAUCCCAGGGCCAGACAAUAAGACUGCCGUUGCAGAAAUAGUCAAAAUUAUCAGGAGAACUGUGGAAAGAGCAUUAACCAUCCAGUGACAUAUGUAGAAUUAUUAUAUAUCGUAGUCA